CAAGGCAGCCAGAGAGGUAGGAGGGGAGGAAAGGGGGAAGGAGGGAUUUGUCCCGAUGGCAAAGAACUUUACAUUUUAUUUUUUCUGUGCCGAUCAGAGAAACCUCCAGUCUGAAAUCUGAAACUGUAGAAUUACUGUUGGAGGAGGUGAGUCAGGCACAUUCCCAUCCUCUCAGUUCAUUUUCCCAUCCAUUUUCCUCAAACUCUAAAGCAUCCACAGUUCUAGAGGAGCCUUUUCUGUGUGUGACCACUUCUGUGGGUGGUCCUACAGGAGAUGAUGUUCCUCAUGGCACUUCAUCUUAUUGGUCUGUUGGUGACGCUGUGGUCCAGCAGCCCCAGUCUGGCCACACCCCUCCCUUUCAACAUUUCAUUGGAGGGCAGUGCAGAGGGGGAGGAGCUAGACAGCCUCAUUGACACCCCUUCCCCACCUGCCACCAGUGGCCCCGCCUCAGAGUCCUCAACCACCUCACAUGGCUCCACCCACGUAGAGCACUUCCUGCUCAGCCAGAUGGUUCACUUCCUGCAGGAUAACCUGUUCCUCAUCCUAGUUUUCUUCACACUCUUCAUCACUAUCUUCCUCAUUCUUUGCUGUGCUUGCAUCAUGAGCCGCAAACGAAAGAUCAAUGCCUACUACCCCUCGUCCUUCCCCUCUAAGAUGUACGUGGACCAGGGGGACAAGACCGGAGGUACCAAGCUUUUCAACGAGGUGCCAGAGAAACCCUCCAACCGGCAGCAGGCUGAGCCAGUGGACUCCAGCAAGAAGCUCCAUCAUGACAUCAUGAAGGCAGCCAAGAACCUCCGCACUCUCUCCAAGCCUCCCCUGGGAGAGCGAGAGGGAAAAGACCCCACACAGAUAUCUGCAGCAGCAGAGAAAAGUCAUGAGGUGAAUGUUCAGGCUGUGGGAGAAAUAAUAGAGAAAGACAAUCAGCCAUCAAAUCCACCAGAGCUGAGUGAGGAGGAGGAAUGCCAGCUCUCAGUCAAUGAAGCCCAACAUAGCAGCUGCCCUGAGCAGUCAGAAAUCCUUCCGGAACAGACAGGCCUAAAAAAGGAUGAUGAGUCAUUCACAGGAGCUGAGUCUCCAUCUGGCCAAGGGCACUCACAGGCUCAGCAGGAAGAGGACAGGCAAGAGGACUCCACUGUCACACUGUCUAUUCCGUUGAUCACUGGAGAGAAAACAGCAUUUUAGCUAUGCUCUCGACACUAUGUUUGAUCUCAAUGGUUUUGACCAAUUUUGCAUGAGUGACAAUAUUUAAGGCAAAGCUGUCAGCUUUGUUUACCGCUCUUUGGAUUUACCAAAUUAUGUCUGUUCAGUUGUAUGUAAUUAUAUAGUUGAUUUACUUCUGUUUCCCAGGAGUCAUCUUUCAAUGUAUCUCUCUCUAAAGGGUUAACACUAUGUAACCUGCCAUCUUUCAAUGUGUCUCCCUAAAAGUAUAACACUAUGUGACCUGCCAUCUUUCAAUGUCUCCCUAAAA